AAAUCAUUUAGGGAAUCAACCUUCUUUGCUGCAGGGAGGGCUUCUCUUUCUACUCCGGCGACGAUGCUGCUUCUCAUCUUCCAACAAUGCAUGAAAAUCCUCACCCUGCCCAUCCAUGUGCUUGCCUAUUUUGGCUUAUGGGACCCUAUUUGUAAAAAAACUUUCCCAUUUUUCAUGAAGAAGUUGAGCAAAGACUACAAUGUAAGAAUGCACAAGGAAAAGGAGACGCUGUUCAAGAACCUGCGGGACUUCGCCGACGCCUCGGGAAAGCUCCACCUGCUAGAGAUCGGCGUCGGCAGCGGCACCAACUUUCAGUUUUAUCCACCCAACUCGCGCGUUACCUGCGUGGACUAUAAUCCCAACUUUCAAAACCUCCUCCUGGAGAGCAUGGCUCAGAAUACGCACCUGCAGUUCGAGAAUUUUGUGGUCGCCUCCGCCGAGGACAUCUCUUCGGUACCGGACGGCUCUGUGGAUGUGGUGGUGUGCACGCUGCUUCUUUGCUCUGUCAACAGCAUCCAGGCUGUCCUGAAGGAGGUUCUGCGAGUGCUCAGACCGGGUGGUGCAUUCUAUUUCAUGGAACAUGUAGCAGCUGACAGAUCAACCUGGACCUACUUCUGGCAACAAGUCUUUAACCCUACCUGGAAAUAUGUGGGAGAUGGGUGCUCCUUGUUAAGCGAGACCUGGAAAGAUUUGGAGAACGCGGGGUUUUCUAAACUGAACUUGCAACACAUCAUAGGCCCAUUGUUCAUAAGUUUGGUUCGUCCCCAUAUUUAUGGAUACGGUGUGAAGUAAUUGUUCAAUCUGGAGAAAAGCGUCUUUCAGAUUUCUGAGUUUAAGGAAUUAACACUAACAAUGCAUAUACUACUAUAAGAAAAGGGUUUUCUCUAUUCUAUAUGAUUCAGAAUGGAGAAAGAUUCCUAAAAGUUCAGGCUGCACUAAGUCUAAAUGGUACCUUGGAUCAGGUUUGGAGGGAGGGCAAAUAAUAAAGAUAAAAAUUAAUAUAAAAGAAAAAAACCAAUCCAAAGACUAUGUGGGGGGAAAAAAGCCCACACCAUUUUGCUGUGGCAUCACUCAGUCCACCAUAUCAGCUGCCCAGGAAGGAAAGCAAGAGGAGUCUGUUUUGGGAUAUUACUCACAACCUAUGUGGAGUUCUCUAAUAACAAAGUGGUAAUGGACAAAGCUCUCACUCAGGGGUGUCAAACUCGCCGCGUCACGUGACAUGCC